AUGUUUAAUAGUUACCAGUACGAUAAGUAAUUGGCAUUCACAAAAGAGAUAGACAAAAUCAAAAAGGAGUACAUAAAGUAAAGGGAGAAUCGUAAAGAACUUAAUCAAAGAUUAUCCAAAAACUAUAAGAAAAGAAUAGAAAACUUUCUGAUAAACAUGUUGGAGUAACCUAUCGUAUGCAAUGAGUACAAGCCACCUGAGGCAUAUUAAUUUAGAGAUGAAGAUCCUACAAAGAAUCUUGGAGAUCCACAAAUAUAUGUUAAAGGAUUUAAGCAUGAAAAGGAUAGAAUCCAAGAAGCAUAGGAGAAGAAUAACAGUUUGGAUUUCUUGCCAAAUUUAAAGGCAGGAAAAUAUUGCUUUAGAGAAAGAGAUCCUUCUAAAGACAUAAAAAGAGAUGUUUUUAGAUAUAGAGAUAAAACUGCCUUAGCAAGAAUAGAAUAAUUUUUGAAAGAUCAUACUCAAUCUCAAGUGGAGAACAUGAAAUUUGAUAAUAAAAAGAUUCUCAAUAUAGAACAUUUUUCAGAAGGCAUGUCUUCAUUAGAAAGGAAGGCAUACUUAUCAAGACUGAUAGCAAAGAAUUUGCUACCAUCAUUACAUAAUAAAACUCAUUUUUAGGCUGCUCAAACUAUGUACAAUAAUCUACCAUGUAAAUAUAUAUAAAAAUACUAAGUAUCUAUAAUGGAUCAUGCACGAUCACUUCCUUAGGUUCAUACAUAAGAGGAUAGCAAAAGAAAACCGCCUACAUCUCAAGAAAGACAAAAAACUAUCUCAUACGAAAACUAAAACAAACAGGAGGACAAUGGAACUUAGCCAAAACAAGGCAAUGAAACAGAGACUUUCAACCCUGUUGAAACUUCUAAAUAAAUCUUAAAGAAAUGCAAUAUAAUUAAAGAAAGAAAUAGCAAAGCUCCUAUAGUUCAUUAAGGCUCUGGACAUUUAAUUUCCACUCUUGAUAAAUCCAUUUCAGUAAUCUAUAAGGAACUCUAUAAAGUAGAAAUUGGAUAAUCGAAAUUACGAUGA